AUGCACACGGAGGGCUGUUCCUCUACGUACGGGCGGGGUGAGAAAAGUGCAUGGACAAGAGAGGAAGAUAUUCUUCUUAAGAAGUGCAUAGACAAGUACGGUGAAGGAAAAUGGCAACUUGCUCCUUCAAGGGCUGGACUGAACAGAUGCCGGAAAAGCUGUAGGCUGAGAUGGAUGAACUAUCUGAAGCCGGAUAUCAAAAGAGGGGAAUUCACAGCUGACGAAGUUGCUCUCAUUCUUAGACUUCACAAGCUCUUAGGCAACAGAUGGGCGAUGAUUGCGGGUAGGAUUCCAGGAAGGACAGCCAAUGAUGUGAAGAACUAUUGGAAUACUCACUUACGCAAGAAGGUGGCCUUGUUCCCUCAUGACAAAAACACUAAAAAUACAAACAACGAUAUUAUUGCUAAAUCCAACGUAUUUAAGCCUCGUCCUCGGACCUUCAAAAAACAGCCCUCUUUGACGAACAAGAACAAUAAGGACACCAAGUACUGGUGGGAAAGCUUAUUAGAUGACAUCACAUUCGACGACGGAGUCGCAAACUCCGUAAGCAGUACUGGUUUGUUAGAUCAUGGCCAGCCUAACAAUGGCAAUAUUGCAAACUUUCUGUCUGAAUUAGAAGCUGAUCAACCAGCCUUGUCAAUAUCGCCGCGGCCAACUGAUAUAACGGAUAGUGCUACUAGUACUUGUGUUAAUCUCGUUGAAGAUGAUUAUGGCCACCAAAAUAGUUGGACAGACUUCAUCAUGGACGUGGAGCUUUGGGGUCUCCCUAGUACAGACCAAGGAAAUGCUGAAAUGCAGUAG